AUGUCUUCUUGUUAUAAUUCUAUUAAUUCUAUUGCGACACCACUUAUUUCACCACCUCCUUCUCCCCCUGAUGAAUGUUCUACACAUUUUAUGACUGAUGAGCAAAAAGUAACGCUUAAUGGUGAGUCUCAAUCGGAAAGUUCAAACAAGCUGGAUUUAACAAAAAUAGAAAUCACCAAUUAUGCACCAGGAAGUCAGCAUAGAUUCAGGAUGAGAGUAUGCGAUGUUCCAAAAGAACUUAUGGAUUUGAUUAAAGCUUCAGAAAAAAUUCCUCGUAACGUUUCUAAAGCUACUGCUGCGCUUACAACAGGAAAUUUGACCACAAGCUCCGACAUCAUGGGUAGUACAAAGGAUGCAGUUUCAAUAUGCCCCAACAAUGGUCGUGUGACUUCAACACCUAACCAAACACAAUCCACAAAUAUUGAUGAUAGGGGACCUAUUAAGAAUUUAAAUGAUAAACGCCGUAGAACUAGAAAGAAUCCUUAUCCAAUUAGAGCACCAUCAAAAUCAUCACCAGGAAUAACUUUAAAAGUGGAUGUUUUUACACCAUUUAAAGAAGAUCCUCAAGCGUUAUUACAUAGUGAUGAUCCACCAGCAUCCGAUCCAAGUACACCUUUAUUAUUUUCUGAUAUGUUUUCAUCAGCAGAUGAAACAUCCGAAUCAAGUUUACGUAAUAAUUCAAAAUCAUUAAAUAAAAGACAACGGAAUAAAAUUCGAAAUAAAACUAAAAGAUCAGUAACAGAACGUAAACAUCUUGAUACAGAUUUACUCGAUCGUAUUAAUCCAAAAGUUAAUUGGAAAGGUCAACCACUUACAAUUUCACAUUUACCACAUUACAAUUCUUUACAUUCAAAAGAAGCUCAUGUUGCAUCAACAUUGCGUCUUACACCAGUUCAAUAUUUAACAUCUAAAAAUACAUUGGUUUCAUCAGCUCGAAGAUAUACACAAAAAUCACUUCCAUUCAGAAAGAGUGAUGCACAAAAACUUCUUCGAAUUGAUGUUAAUAAGGCUA